GCAGCAUUCAAAGUAACAGGUGGUAGCAAUUAGCCAUAGAUACAGCUAGAAAGUUUCUCGAGAAUAUCACGGCCGCCGAACUCGCCGAUCGCAUGUCGCAUCUACGCUUCCCGCCGCAUAAACCACAAGCGGUGCCCAGCUUCUACGAGUACUCAAUCCUCCGAGGUGUCCGCGUCGACUCGGUCCGACUCGAUUCAACACUCUACUGCUCUUUCACCGUCUCCGCUCGUCUCACCGAUAGAACUGGAAAGUUGAGUGCGGGGGCGAUUGCGUCAUUGAUUGAUGAAAUCGGUGUGGCAGCGAUCCAUAAGUGUGGCAAACCCAUGGAUGUUUCGGUAGACAUGUGGAUCUCCUAUAUUUCCGAUGCUAAAAUCAAUUAUGAUGCUUGCAGUGAGAAUUUCAUUUAUGGCUCUUUGAAUGGGGAAAUACCAAUGAUGUUAUGAGUUGAGACUUAUAUUUACAAAUAGGUUCAGCCUCUGCGUUCUAGGUAGAUUUAUCGACGAUCACAACCGGCUAGGAUAAGAGAGAUUAGAAGGGGUAGAAUCGUUGCUCCUCACAAUGCAAUGAUAUCCCUAAAUGUAAUGCCAAUUAGGUCACGGUUAUGAAGACGAGUGAAAUGUAUUGACCACUGGAAUUGCAAAUGUUGGAAGGGGGAAUUUCUGUAGAGAGUCUUGCAGACAUAAUACUGGACAGGGGAAGGAAGGCAUUUGUUGGUCUUGGAAACUAUUUUGUUGCUCGUGUUCCAUUUGUUGUACUAGUAUUACUUUGAACUGCAGUUUACUCAUUGAUUCUAGUUGGAUACUUUCUUGCUUGUGCUCAGUUAGAAAACCAUACUUUAUGAAAUUACGAAUCACACAUGCUUCUUAAGGGUGAUACGGAUCCGACCCUUAUCUUUGAUAUAUAAACCUACUGCUACACCAUGCAAUACUCAAACUA